AUGCCUACCGAUUCAACAUUCAAAUAUGCGGGUCUCAUCUUACUCACUCUUCAGCAGGCCAGCAUGCCGCUCAUGGCUCGAUAUACAAGGUACAAGCACGAAUCGGAAGUAUUCCUCACUACUGUUAAUGUCUUUAUGAUGGAAGUUAUAAAACUCUGUACUUGCACGGCUGUCAUAAUCUGCUCAUCACGAUCUUUGGUCAAGUCCUUUGCUGAAGUAAAGGAGGCAAUUUUUUCAAAUCCUGUUGAAACCGUCAAGGUUUGCGUGCCUGCUGUGAUCUACACUCUACAGAAUAACCUAUAUUACAUAGCACUGACGCAUCUGGAAGCAACCACGUUUUGCGUCGCUUACCAAAUGAAAAUUUUCACCACUGCAGUAUUUAUGUACUUCUUUCUUGGCAAAAAGCUAUCGACUAAACAAUGGAUAGCACUGAUGAUUUUGGUGGUGGGAGUGGUUGAUGUGCAGCUCGUUUAUGCUCCUUCCAGCUCGAAAGAAGCCGUUGAACAAAAUCCCUUUCUAGGCUUUACCAGCGUCGUGGUGAUGUGCUUUACAUCUGGUUUUGCAGGCAAGUUCAUGCCCAAGAGCAGCGUCAGUUUCAAAAUCAUUGAUUCCAUUCAAAGUGUUUAUUUGGAGAAGGUGCUGAAGGAAAGCAAGGCCUCCGUAUGGAUUCAAAAUGUGCGAUUAUCACUUAUCGGCCUACCUGUGUCUAUUGCAUCUAUGUGGUUCUAUGAUUGGCAAAAUAUUCAAAAUGAUGGAUUUUUCCGAGGAUGGGAUGUCCUCGUGAUCUGCUUGACAAUAACGAAUUCCGUUGGUGGACUUCUUAUCUCAAUCGUGAUCAAGUAUGCGGACAACAUCUUGAAAGCGUAUGCACAGAGCAUUGCCAUCAUCGGUGCCGCAAUUGGCUCGUGGCUCCUUUUCGAUUUCGUCCCUGGGUUCUUCUUUACACUUGGAGCCACAUUAGUCAUAUUAUCUAUUCUUUUGUAUACAAAGUACCCAUAUGAGCCGCCCAGCUUUGAUCUCAAGCAAUUCAGCAGCUCCAAAUCUGAUUUACUCAUGAUCAAGACGUCAAAAGGCUGA